GGAUGUUUAGCCAACAGAUUAGCUACAACGUCAUUGUUCACUUAAACAAAAUGAUAAUACAGCCGAUUUCGUUUUUGCUGAACCAUGCAAUGUGUUCAGAAUGUCUAAUUGCAUGCAGCGUCUGCCGAAAUAUGCGGUGUCAUUAUAUCUAAUGGAAAUAUUCAACAAUUUAAUCUACUUAAAUUGUGUUCUACACAUCAGUGCAAGCGUUUUGUGGCUUCACCGAAUUGAUAGGCUCAAGGUUAAUACUUUAAAAAAACGGAUUGUCAUUAGGGGAAUGGGAAUUGUAAUAUCUUAGUAGUUGCCUAGAACAUCUGAAUGCAGAUCAAGAGUUAGCAGGUUCUCAUAUGUGAGGCACCAUGACCCAGAACCAGGUGAUCCUCCAGUUCCGCUUCUCCACCUUCGGAGACUCCAUGCUGCAGAAGAUGAACCUUCUUCGCCGCCAGAGCCGGUUCUGCGACGUCACGGUGCGCAUCAACGACCUGGAGGUUCCCGGGCACAAGGUGGUGUUUGCCGCCGGCUCGCCCUUCUUGAGGGACCAGUUCAUCCUGCAGGACUCCAGGGACGUCCAGAUCUCCACCAUCCAGGAGGCGCAGGUGGGCCAGCAGCUCCUGCUCUCCUGCUACACCGGCCAGCUGGAGCUCCCCGAGCUGGAGCUGGUCAACUACCUGACGGUGGCUAGCUUCCUCCAGAUGGGCCACGUGGUGGAGCAGUGCACCCAGGCCCUCAAGAAGUUCAUCAAGCCCUACCCUCACCUGCAGCCCCAGAAGCAGGAGGAAGAGAGGCCCUCCUCCCGCCACAGAGGCCUGGAGCCUCCGGCCGCCCCUCCGCCGGCCGCGCGCCACCAGGUGGUUGACGAGGACGAGGACGACGACCUCAUCAUGGAGCCCAGGACUCCGCCCCGUGGGCAAGCGGAGCAGGAGCUGCUGAUGAAGGACAGCCCCAUCACCAUCGUGAAGGUGGAGUCUGUGAGCGAGGGCGUCUCAGACACAGAGAACCCCCCUUCGGGACCCUACCCCCCCAGCAGCCCCCCAUCCUCCCCGCUGCACUCCCCCGAAGCCCAACACUCCCUCAUCAACUCCACCGUGGACACGCGCUCCGGCGAGAUGGCGGGCGAGAUGGCCGGCCUCCCCAUGCCAGAGUACCCCCUCAGCCCCCCUCCCGCCGCCACCCCCACGGGCAGAAGCAACAGUCUGGGUGGCGGCCACCUGCGCUACUUCGACAAGUCCCUCCAGUGGUACCACCAGUGCCCGAAAUGUGCCCGCGUCUUCCGCCAGCUGGAGAACUACGCCAACCACCUGAAGAUGCACAAACUGUUCAUGUGCCUUCUGUGUGGCAAGACCUUCACGCAGAAGGGCAACCUGCACCGGCACAUGCGCGUCCACGCCGGCAUCAAGCCCUUCCAGUGUAAGAUCUGUGGCAAGACCUUCACCCAGAAGUGCUCCCUGCAGGAUCACCUCAACCUGCACAGCGGAGACAAGCCGCACCGCUGUAACUACUGCGACAUGGUGUUCGCCCACAAGCCCGUCCUGCGCAAGCACCUCAAGCAGAUCCACGGGAAGAACAGUUUCGACAACGCCAACGAGCGCAGCGCGCACGACGGCGACUCGACACACAACGGCUACGCCAUGUGAGACUUACCGUUGGACUUGAAUGCACUGAAAUCCAGUGUAGCGGUUAGCUGGUGACAUCCAUGUUUUUAAACCAUGUUGGUUAUGUUUAUGGAAGGAUCAUUUAAGCUACUCUGGAACCUGUCUGUGUUGAAUGUCAUUUUGUAUAUGAAUACUGUCAGCCUGUUGAUACAUGACUCCAUGUAGUUUUUUUAAGAUCUAGCUUCCAAAUCACAGUUUAAAGAUAUUUUAGAGUAGGUUUAACUAUUUAGCAAUUUUAGGCCACUGCAAGUGUUCUUUUGUGAAAAGUUGUGUGCCAAAGUGCUGUUUAAGAACUGACAUGAUUUCCCUUCUCCUUAGAAGGUAAUGUAGGACCAAAGUGAAAACUGUGUUUCCAUAUACAUGUAAUUUUCAAUAUCAAAUGACUUAGAUCAGUGGUUCUCAAACUAUGGUACGCGUGCCCCCUUCUAGUGGUACGCGGAGGAAUCUCAGAUUAUUUAAAUACCGUAACCAUGAUAUAAUUGAAAUGUGAUUUAAAACAAGUUUUGCCUUACCUAUAAUAUUUUUGUUUCAAAACAAAAAAAAAUUUUGGCACACGCUACUACCUGACUGUUCCCGGGUAGUGGCGCAUGCAAACAUCCACCAUAGUUACUGCGUGAACUGUGUGUAGCUCAAUAGGCUAGGCUUACGCUACUGUAUUUAAAAAGUCGGUCAUAAUGGUGGUACUUGGAGAGUGAAACAUUUUCUGAGGUGGUACGGGGUGUCAAAAGUUUGAGAACCACUGACUUGGAUAAUAAAUGUGUCUUAGAUCUGGUGUUGUAAUGUCAACAGGUUUUUUUUUCUUCUUAAGGAAUAUGUUUUGUGGCCAACUUUCAUCUGCCUUAAUAUAUAUUACAUAUGAUUAAGAAUCCUGAAUAGAAUAAAUUAUUUCCCCCAGUGAAUCAUUCAAAUGUUCUUAUGACGGUGAUAGCUUGCAAUAUCCAGAAGAGGGCACUGUUGCAACACCAUAUUGCAUCAUCUGAAAAGUAUGGCUCCAACAUUGCUAUCAUCUCCAGCUUGUAUAGAAGCAUUGUGUGUGUGUUUGUCUGUGUACACACUCCUAGAGCAGCUGCUGCAAGAGGAAAUCAACUAUAAUCUUCUCACUGCUCAAUUAUGUAAACUGGCAUCCAAUUAAUUUCAUAAACUCAUUUGGCCAGAACAUACCUUUUUUCUCUUGAUUGUGCUCCCAGUAUGUGAAUAGCCUUUCAAUUAGCCUCUCAACAUACUGUCAAUUAAACAUUAACAACUAGUAUUAUUGGUUCACACACAAUAGCUCCAGU